UAACCGCUGGCACGAGGCCCACACGACGCGUUCGGUUGCGUCGAUCUUUCUGAUGCAUCCAUCCAUCCACUUGACCUGAGAACCGAUUCGCAUCCGAGUCCUCCGCUCGCCCUUUCUCUCCCUCAUCAGUUCGUCAGCAUGUUGAGCGCUACGCUCGUCCGUCUCUCUGUGCGGUCGGCCGUCUCGCUGCGGUCGCCGUUGACUGCUCGGUUUGCAGUUUCCACAAAGCAACACAAAGCAACGCUGCCCUUCCGUUCCUUCGCAUCCGCCGCUUCCACCCCCCGCACAAAGAGCGCGUCAUCCACCAGAAGGAAGCCUGCCUCUGCCGCUGGAGCGACAAAGAAGUCUACGAGGAGCAAGUCCACCGCCUCAACAAAGAAGAAGGCAGCCGCCCCCAAGAAGGCGCCCAAGCCAAAGAAGGAGAAGCUCAAGCCCUGGCAGGCGCGCGGUGCCGACGGAAAGAUGCUGCCCUUGCCAUCGGCUACAAAGCCGACUCGCCGGUCAGCAUUCUUGAUCUUUGUCGGCGAUCGAUUCCCAGAGGUCCGCUCGCAGCCGGGCUUGAUGCGCAAGAGCAAGGACGGCAAAGACGUGGUUGACCUGCCCAAGGUCACCACGUCGCUCGGACAAGAGUGGAAGAGCAUGAGCGAGACGGCAAAGGCGCCAUAUCAAAGACGGGCCGAAGAGGAAAAGGUUGCUCACGAGCUUGCGAUGGAGCGAUGGCGUGCAAACCUCACGACGGAAGACAUCCGACGCCAGAAUGCCUACAUCAGCGCACAGAGAAAGCUUACCAAGCCGGGCGAGAGGCGCACGGGCAAGGGAGGAGCACGGCUGAGGGAUCCUUCGAAGCCCAAGGGGCCUCUCUCACCCUUUAUGGAGUUCAUGAUCGACUUCAGGAAGUCGCCCGAGGCAGAAGGAGUCCCGAUUCUCGAGCUCACCAAAAAGGCUGGCGCGACCUGGAGGGAGCUCAGCCCGAGCGAGAAGCAGCCCUUUGAGCUCAAGUCACAAGGUGGAAGGGAGCAGUACUUGCGAGACAUUGAAGAGUGGAAGAAGUCGCGUUCGACUACCGCUUGAUUCUCUUCUGCUUCUGGCCGCCGAUGCCCAAAUGUAUGCUUUCGACCAUGUGUUUGUUUUGGACAAGAAAGAAAUGUAGAGAAGAGCUUCACUACUCUACACGAAGACUUUGGCUGGUCGUUAGGA